AUGGCAGCUAAUCUUUUGUACAACUCAUGAGCUGCGAAUAAAACAUGCCAUUCAGAUAUAGGGUUUGAUGUAGCGCAACGGCAAGUGGUUUCCCGCGUAAACGGCGAUUUUCCCCGGUGAGGAAUCGCUCGUGGUGCUGAAUUGCUACAGUUCUAGUAAGGAGGCUGAGCACGGGGAUUUCCUCGCCUGCUUGUUUUGUAAGCGGGGAGUUGUUUGCCACUUUCACAAGCAGGCGUUUAGAGGAGUCGUGGAAUGACACUGUGUAACUGGUUGCUUUUGUGAUAUACAGUUUGCCAAGACGUCGCGUGUCCACUGUAUGACAGCGCUUCUUGGUGGCUUGUCAACUCAUGCGCUUCUUGCUGUUCAAACCUGCUGCUUCAUCACCUCGUUGUGAAAAGGAGCAAGCGCAAGCCGAGGCAGCGGUUUAGCGAGACCAGACCAAGCAGCAGUAUAGGUGGACGCGGCUCUCGUGGCAUGACUACCAUAAACAAGGGAAACAAGGCCUUGAAGGUGAAGCGGGAGCCAGGGGAAAAUGGCACCAGCCUGACCGAUGACGAGCUGGUGACCAUGUCAGUGCGGGAGCUAAACCAGCAUCUACGGGGCCUGACCAAGGAGGAAAUCCUUCAGCUGAAGCAGCGGCGGCGUACCCUGAAGAACCGGGGCUAUGCUGCCAGCUGCCGGGUGAAGCGUGUCACCCAGAAAGAGGAGCUGGAGAAGCAAAAGGCUCUACUGCAGCAGGAAGUGGACAAGCUGGCAACAGAGAAUGCCAGCAUGAAGGUGGAGCUGGACGCUCUGCGUUCAAAGUAUGAGGCCCUCCAGAGCUUUGCUAGGACUGUGGCCCGCAACCCUGUCACCUCAGCCAGGGGACCUAUGGCCUCUGUCAUAGGACCACUCAUCCCCGGUAAAGGAGGUGCCACCAGCGUCAUCACCAUCGUCAAAUCCAAAACGGAGGCUAGGUCGUAGUAGCAGAAAGGGCGGGAGGAAGUUUUUCAAGACUAAACUAGUCAGUGCAUUGUAACAUGCCGCAGGACUACCUGUGUAAGUUCUCAGUUUCAACCCUUGACACUAACACUAACAAUAUGCUUCCCAAAUUCACUUUUAAAGCAAUACUCAGCAGUCUGUACCUGUCAAAUAGACAUUUUCUGCUUUAAAGUGACACAGUCAAAUUGUGGGCUUUAGGACAUCACAGUUAGUUGUUGAAGAAUAGCGACGUAUUGACAAUACUGAAACAUUUCAUAUAAAAAGCAGAUAGUGGUUGCAAAUACUCAAGAUAGCAAUAUUGAGUAGAAAAAGUACAAAGUGGAAUUAAAUUCAGACCGUUAUUGAUUUUUGAUAAGGUACUGUGUGUGAUGUGUCUGUUUCCUUAAGACUGAGCUCUUAAGACUUUUCCGUCCUAAGAAUUGGCAUUUGUAAAGUCUCAAAACAACGAUAUGUUUCAGACAUUAGUCCUCACCCCUAAACCAGUUUGGUUGUUAUUAUGCACUGACUUAAAUUUGGAUAAAUGACAACGGUCACAAGCUCUUGGUGUGGAUACUCCAAAUGUCUUCAUAACAGCCUGACUAACCCAAAACUAGUACAUUUUUGUUGGUCGCCUGUCAAGAAAAUAAUUGUGAAAUAAUGCUCCCAAAUCCAGCAUUCAUUUCUGUUUAUCUGUGACAGGCUUUAUUGAACUUGUCAUUAUCAAUAUGACUGGUAGAUGCAAUAAUAUACGUAUGCACUGAAAAUACAAAGAGGUCUUGCAUAUUUAUGGUUAAGUGGAGAAAAAAUAAAAAUGAUCAGCAGUUCUUAAUGAUAUUGUUCCAGAGCUGAGUGCCAUUCCAAUAUGACAAGAUUCUUUUACAAUAGCUGAAUACCUGAAUGUUAUAACAGUAAUAUCCUCAUGUUUUGUGGGGACAGUGAAAUCCACAAACAUUUUGAAACAUAAUUUUUGCUCAUAGAGAAAAUAUGUUCAAGUUGUUUUGUUUAAUAUAUAUAUAUAUAUAUAUAUAUAUAUAUAUAUACAUUGCAUUUUUUUGUAAUUACUUGUUGACCGGGGCCGUCAGAUAUUUCCAAAAGAAAAUCUUUACACAAGCUUUACUGUUUGAAUUGUUAAGGUGUAGAAAACUUUGUCUAUUGUUGAGUUCUUGGUUUUUACUACUAGGUAGAUUACCUUCCAUUGUUUAUAGAAAUACAGAUAAAGAAAACAUAAAAAAAUCCUGUGACAUCUUUUUUGCAAUUGUACCGAAAGUGGCUUACUAUUGAAGUCUGAUAGCUUUUUUCUAGUGACUAGGCGCGUACUGUGGGGUAGCGCGUGAUGUGAUGUUUAAGUGACAAGUUGGCAGUGUCGUUCACUGUAUAGAUGUCAAUGCUGUGCUAUUUAAAACAAAUCUGUAGAGCUAAACUAGGUGGUGUAAACAAGGUCAAUUGUCUUUGUGCGUAUUGGCAUCUGUGAUAUCCUCCUCUUCCUUGGUGUUAGUUACAAAUCAUAUGUCAUUAAGAGUUUACCCCAUUGAGCCAUGUAAGACAGAAUCGGGUUAAAUGGAAUUAGUGACUUUUACUGAAGCUUAAAGUGAUACUGUCAAUGCAGAAUCUGAAUAAGGGUUGCACCUAGUGCUGGAUGCCCUCUAAACACAUCCUCUGUGACCUGCAGCUAGAUGAUUUUAGUGUUGGGAAGAUUUGUUUAUAGUAUCCAUUUCAGCCACUUCAUUGGUUGGAAUUAGAUCAUAGGAAUAUCAAUUAAUAACCCUUCAAAUUUAGCUUUUCACAGACUAAACUUAAUGUGAAGUUAAGUGUUUUUCCCCUCCCAAUUGUUGUCGAGUAACUUUCUCAAGCUUAUAGCGAUACAAUUGCAUCCAUAACCUUAAAGGGUAACUUGUGUAAAUUGACCCACUGGUCUUCAGACUGUCAGAUUUAAAGCGGGAGGGUUUGGCUGAGGGUUUGUAUGCACUAAGCUCCUGCUUGUUUUGCUCAGGACAAAACAGGUCACUCUAAAAAUGAACAAACCAUUCUAGAUGAAAGGCAGGGAUGGCAGCUCUGCUCAUGUUUUUCCUCCCUCUUUUUUUAAUAAUAAGCAUGUCAUGAAGGGCUUCAAUCUGCACUCAGACACAGCAAGACCAUGUAGAAUUACAAUCAUAAACUGCUGCCAGCAGCGCUCCUUCUGUGCCAAGUGUCGCAUCACUCUCCUGGUCCUCUAAAAGGGAAUGUAACAGCGGAGCAGUUUUACACCUCAAGGUGAAAGCAGUUAACAGAAUGCACUUCAUCUGGAUCCCACUUUCCUGCUGGUCAGAAUGUCUUAUAGUGUUGGCCAGGUGUUAAUCUACAGUCAGUCUCAAAACUAUGCCUCAGCAAAACUCCAUGCUAGCGACCUGGGUGCUGGUUAUACUGUCUGUGUGCAAGUGUCCUAUCCUCAACAUGCUUAGCUAUGUACAUUGACUGGUUAACUGUGGGAAAAUAUAUAUCUGACUCUUGACAUAGCCCAGUAUUGAUGUUGGCGUCCUUAUUGCUGUGGCAGUCUUGUGGAGUGAAUCUUUUUUGUGUCAAGUGUCUUCUAAGGUGUUUGAGCUGCACCGUCGACCAAUCUCUCGAUCUCCGCUAGAGAUGAGGACUCUCUCUUUCUCACACAUACAGGUGUAUAGUAUGUAGCUACAGUAGGUAAUGACCAUUGUGAAAAAGUGACCCUUAAUAUGCAACUCAGUGGAAAGGUGUGAAAGAGUAGAUGUAAGAGUAAAAUAUUGUCAAAGUGACUAUGGUCUGUUAUUUAAUCAUUCUUGCUGUUUUGUAGGUUCUUUGCAAAAU